GCUUCCUCCUAGCUGGGGUGGCGUUGGGCCCGCGCCGGCGCUCGGGUGACUGCUGCUGCUCGGAUCCCCUCCCUCCCCUCCUCCCGCCCCGCGCAGCGCGGUCGCCCGUCGCUUCGCACAGGGCUGGAUGGUUGCAUCGGGCAGGGUGACUCCAGGAUGUUAGGGACUGUGAAGAUGGAAGGGCAUGAGAGCAGCGACUGGAACAGUUACUACGCGGAUACACAGGAGGCCUACUCCUCUGUCCCCGUCAGCAACAUGAACUCGGGCCUGGGCUCCAUGAACUCCAUGAACACCUACAUGACCAUGAAUACCAUGACCACCAGCGGCAACAUGACCCCGGCCUCCUUCAACAUGUCCUACGCCAACCCGGGCCUGGGGGCUGGCCUGAGUCCCGGCGCAGUGGCCGGCAUGCCAGGGGGCUCGGCAGGUGCCAUGAACAGCAUGACGGCGGCGGGCGUCACGGCCAUGGGGACUGCGCUGAGCCCGGGCAGCAUGGGCGCCAUGAGCGCGCAACCCGCGGCCUCCAUGAACGGCCUGGGCCCCUACGCGGCCGCCAUGAACCCAUGCAUGAGCCCCAUGGCGUACGCGCCGUCCAACCUGGGCCGCAGCCGCGCGGGCAGCGGCGGCGACGCCAAGACGUUCAAGCGCAGCUACCCGCACGCCAAGCCGCCCUACUCGUACAUCUCGCUCAUCACCAUGGCCAUCCAGCAGGCGCCCAGCAAGAUGCUCACGCUCAGCGAGAUCUACCAGUGGAUCAUGGACCUCUUCCCCUAUUACCGUCAGAACCAGCAGCGCUGGCAGAACUCCAUCCGCCACUCGCUCUCUUUCAACGACUGCUUCGUCAAGGUGGCGCGAUCCCCGGAUAAGCCGGGCAAGGGCUCCUACUGGACGCUGCACCCGGACUCCGGCAACAUGUUCGAGAACGGCUGCUACUUGCGCCGUCAAAAGCGCUUCAAGUGCGAGAAGCAGCCGGGGGCCGGGGGCGGGAAUGGGAGCGGGGGCGGCGUCUCCAAGGGAGGCCCUGAAAGCCGCAAGGACCCCUCGGGCACCGGGAACCCCAGCGCCGACUCGCCCCUCCAUCGGGGUGUGCACGGGAAGGCCGGCCAGCUAGAGGGCGCGCCGGCCCCCGGGCCCGCCAGCCCCCAGACUCUGGACCACAGCGGGGCCGCGGCGACAGGGGGCGCCUCGGAGUUGAAGACUCCAGCCUCCUCGUCGGCGCCCCCCAUAAGUUCGGGGCCCGGGGCGCUAGCAUCUGUACCCCCCUCUCACCCGGCGCAUGGCCUGGCACCCCACGAGUCCCAGCUGCAUCUGAAAGGGGAUCCCCACUACUCCUUCAACCAUCCCUUCUCCAUCAACAACCUCAUGUCCUCCUCGGAGCAGCAGCACAAGCUGGACUUCAAGGCAUACGAGCAGGCACUGCAGUACUCUCCCUAUGGCGCCACCUUGCCCGCCAGCCUGCCUCUUGGCAGUGCCUCGGUGGCCACUAGGAGCCCCAUCGAGCCCUCAGCCCUGGAGCCGGCCUACUAUCAAGGUGUGUAUUCCAGACCCGUCCUAAACACUUCCUAGCUCCAGGGACUGGGGUUGUCUGCAUGGCGAUGCUAGUUGCAGGAGAGGGAAAAAAAAAAAAAUCAACAGCAAACAACCACACAUACCAAACCAACAACAGCAUCAUAAAAUCCCAACUAUUUUUAUUUUUCGUGCACAAUUUUCCCCACUGCAAAGGACUGUUACUUUAUUAUUGUAUUCAAAACUCGUUUUGUAUAUUACGACAAAACCAUCAACCCCAUACCAUCAUUUUUUCCCUGCAAAGUUUAAUGAUCCACAAAUGUAUAUAUAAAAUCUUCCUUCUUGCCUUCUUCCCUUUCUCCCCUCUUCCUCCUGCAGACACAUUCUAGUCUGUGCAGGUUUUAUUUAAAAAAAGAAAGAAAGAUGGUCAAGUUUGUAAAAUAUUUGUUUGUGCUUUUUUUUUCUCUCCUUACCUGACCCCACCACAUGAGUUUACAGAUAGGUCUGUGGCAAUACUCUUAACCAUAAGAACUGAGAUGGUGAAGAAGCAAGUAGGCACCAGGGGCUCUUGAAAGGAUUGAAAGGCAGUACUGUAAGAUAUAAACAGAUUACAAACAUCAGAGCCAUUUGUUUUUCAGCUUCCCUUUCUGAUGCAUUCAGAUAGCAGAUAUCUUAAAUGAAUUCAUAAAACUGUCUAUGGACUUAAUUAUGCACAGAUAUGUAGAUAUUCUUCAUACUUUGCAUAACAUAUAGAGGUAAUAGGUAGGUGAUAUACACGCUACAUUUUCAAGAGUUGCCUGACCAAGAAGUUAAUAAGGACUCCACCCCUUUGUUCUCUCUACCCACAUAUGGCCCUGGGAAUCAAUUCCUCAGGAAUUGCUCACCUCAAGAACUCUGCUCCUUGCUCUGCAGAGUGCCAUGGUCAUGUCAUUCUGAGGUCACAUGUAUAAAAUUAUCUUCUGUGUAUGUAUACCAUUUAAGAGAUUUUUUUUUCAGAAAAAAAAGGGAGUGUCACAAUGUUGAGGGAGAGAAGUUAUAGGGAACUGUAUUUCAAAAUUUGAUUCAAGGUUCCAAAAUCCUAUUGUGGCCAUUUUAAUUGUUAGCAUCGUAUGCCUGUUUCAUCCAGUGUUAAUGCACUUUCCACAGUUGGACAUGGUGUUAGUAUAGCCGAACAGGUUUCAUUAUUAUUCCUCUUUGCCUUCUCGAUGUUAAUUUAUUGCAUGGUUUAUUCUUUUUCUUUACAGCUGAAAUUGCUUUAAAUGAUGGUUAAAAUUACAAAUUAAAAUGUUAAUUUUUAUCAAUGUGAUUGUAAUUAAGAUAUUUUGAUCUAAAUAACGAAAAUAAUACGAGAUUUUAAGCCGUGGAAUAUGUUCCUGAUCAUUUGCAGUUAAGGACUUUAAAUAAAUCAAAUGUUAACAAAAAGGAUUUCUGUCAUUUUCCUUCACUUAAUUAAAUCCAAAAUGGAACUUAUAAAAUACGAUUUUUUUCAAAUUCUGGAAAUUAGUAUAAAUGACAAACAGAAAAGUAAUCUAAAACAAAAUUGUUCAUCUGUGAUUUAAGUGAACAUGUAGCUAGUAAAAAGCAGUGAAACAAAUUCAAUUAAAGUGGGUGGACAAACUGACUUAAUAGUUCAAGAAUUGAGAUUUUAAAAAUUCGUUACUCCCAGUGAUGUUUACUUCAGGGUUUUUUUUUUGUUGGGGGGGCAUAAGACAUCUGUAUUUCUUUUGAGUUUUUCCACUACGAAAUCAAAUAUUGCUAACUUCCUCCUUCCCUGAUCUAUUAUUUUUUCCUUGAGUAUUCAAGUAGAAUAAAAUAUAAGCUGUGGCUGAUAAAACUAAGUUGU